AUGGUUUCCGCAACCACAUCCACCCCGGCUGCUGCCUCCACCUCAGUCAACGGAUCCAGCCAGCCCAAUGACAACAUCACCCGCUUCGCUGCCCCCAGCAGAGCGCUGAGCCCUACUCCUUCUCACACCCUCUUCCACCCCAAGACGAGAUGUUUCGUCUACGGUCUGCAGCCCAAGGCCGUCCAGGGUAUGCUCGACUUUGACUUCAUCUGCAAGAGAAAGGUUCCCUCGGUCGCCGGUAUCAUCUACACCUUCGGUGGUCAGUUUGUCAGCAAGAUGUACUGGGGCACCAGCGAGACUCUUCUCCCUGUCUACCAGAGCACCGAGAAGGCCAUUGGCAAGCACGACGACGUUGACACUGUUGUCAACUUUGCUUCUUCGCGUUCCGUCUACCAGAGCACCAUGGAGCUCAUGGAGUACCCUCAGAUCAAGACCAUUGCCAUCAUUGCUGAGGGUGUGCCCGAGAGACGCGCUCGUGAGAUUCUCCACGUUGCCGCCAAGAAGGGUGUCACCAUCAUUGGUCCUGCCACUGUCGGUGGUAUCAAGCCCGGUGCUUUCAAGAUCGGUAACACUGGUGGUAUGAUGGACAACAUUGUUGCCUCCAAGCUCUACCGCCCCGGUUCCGUUUCUUACGUCUCCAAGUCUGGUGGUAUGUCCAACGAGCUCAACAACAUCAUUGAGCAGACCACCAACGGUGUCUGCGAGGGUGUUGCCAUCGGUGGUGACAGAUACCCCGGUACCACUUUCAUUGACCACUUGCUCCGUUACGAGCAGGACCCCAACACCAAGAUCCUUCUCCUUCUCGGUGAGGUCGGUGGUGUUGAGGAGUACUGUGUUAUCGAGGCCGUCAAGUCUGGCCAGAUCAAGAAGCCCAUUGUCGCCUGGGCCAUUGGUACCGUUGCCAGCAUGCUCAAGACCGAGGUUCAGUUCGGUCACGCUGGUUCGUUCGCCAACUCCCAGCUCGAGACUGCUGCCAUGAAGAACAAGUCGAUGAAGGAUGCCGGUUUCUACGUUCCCGACACUUUCGAGGACAUGCCCAAGGUUCUCGCCGAGCUUUACCAGAAGCUCGUCGCCGACGGCACCAUCCAGCCCCAGUCCGAGCCCGCCGUUCCCAAGAUCCCCAUCGACUACUCAUGGGCCCAGGAGCUCGGUCUCAUCCGUAAGCCCGCUGCCUUCAUCUCCACCAUUUCCGACGACCGUGGUCAGGAGCUCUUGUACGCUGGUAUGCCCAUCUCCGACGUCUUCAAAGAGAACAUCGGUAUCGGUGGUGUUAUGUCUCUUCUGUGGUUCCGCCGUCGUCUUCCCGACUUCGCCAGCAAGUUCCUUGAGAUGGUUCUCAUGCUUACUGCUGACCACGGUCCUGCCGUUUCUGGUGCCAUGAACACCAUCAUCACCACCCGUGCCGGCAAGGAUCUUAUUUCCUCCCUCGUUGCUGGUCUCUUGACCAUCGGUUCUCGUUUCGGUGGUGCUCUCGACGGUGCCGCUGAGGAGUUCACCAGAGCCUACGACAAGGGUCUUUCUCCCCGUGACUUCGUCGACACCAUGCGCAAGGAGAACAAGCUCAUUCCCGGUAUCGGUCACCGUGUCAAGUCGCGCAACAACCCCGAUCUCCGUGUCUCGCUCGUCAAGGAGUACGUCAAGGCCAACUUCCCCCGCACUNNCCCCCUCCUCGACUACGCCCUGGCCGUCGAGUCCGUCACCACCUCCAAGAAGGACAACCUGAUUCUCAACGUUGAUGGUGCCGUUGCCGUCGCUUUCGUCGACCUUGUCCGCAACUGCGGUGCCUUCACCUCCGAGGAGGCUGAGGACUACCUCAAGAUGGGUGUCCUCAAUGGUCUGUUCGUCCUUGGUCGUUCGAUCGGUCUCAUUGCCCACUUCCUCGACCAGAAGAGACUGCGCACUGGUCUCUACCGUCACCCUUGGGUAAGCUAUUUCCUCCACUUGUAUCUUGAGCAAACUUCUAACAACAUUUCUAGNGACGACAUCACCUACCUCCUCCCCAGCCUCAGCGGCGGCGCCCCCGGCAACGAGGGCCGUGUCGAGGUCUCUGUUUAA